AUGCAGAUGGAGUUGGGCUGCUAUGAUCGGAUGUCUGUGGGAUCCAACGUCGAAUCGCCCACAGAUCAGGAGCCACUGGACGUUGCGAUUCCGCAGGAGAUGCGCCGUGGCCUCAUGAAGCCCGUCGCCGAUCACAGUGACGAAGGUGACGUGAUGCAGAUGGUACAGAAGGUAUAUCCACGCACUUUUCAGUGGAUCGUAUAUAUUCUGAGUGCCUGCACGUGUACUGGUCUGCAUUCAGAAUCCACAGUAAGCCUUGAUGAGGCUCUGUCGAUGAUGCUUAAACCUGUCACCGGUCCGUCUGCCAUGGAACGGCCUAAAGGGCCACAAACAGUGGGCGAGGGAUUCGCACAACCAUCGUUCCUCACAGAGGUUGACACGCAGCACCAAGACGAGCAGCAGCAGCAGCAAGAACUUGAUGCUGAAGAGGAUGCCAAUGAUCGCGGUGAAUUGGAAGCCUCCGAGGGAAGCCAAAACACGCCGCUCCAGCGCCACAUGCGUCGAAGUGUAAACGCCUGGGCAGCUUUCUCGACGAGCGAUGAUAGUGAAGGAGCUGAUGAGGUGAGGGAGGCGGUGACAGACGAGGAGUCCCACGAAGAGAAUGAGGCGGAAGAUGAGACGGAUUAUGUCGGUGACUCCGAGGAACCCUCGGCGUACACAGAGGAAGAGGGGGAAGAGGCAGAGGAAGAGGAAGAGGCAGAGGAAGGGGAAUCUGAGGAGGAAGCAGCGGAAGAGGUGUACGAGGACGAGCUCCACCGCGCGCAGUACAGCCACCACGAAGAGGAAGAAGAAGGAGGGCAGAAGCGUCAUCAAGAAGAGGGUGGGGAAAUGCAUGGGGGCCAUGGACACCCGUGGGGCGAAGGACAGGUGCAGCUUGUGGAAUUCACCACACAACGCGCGAAGAUCCUCCUCACGGAUCUCAUCAUCAUCUGCGCACUGCAGCGUCUCUCACAAAUGGUUGCAUGCGGAGUAAAAGAGGAAAUGAAAUCNACAGGAGAAGCAGCUGGAGAGGCAGAGGUGACAUCUGAGGGCGCAGAACAAAGUGCGUCGUCGGCUACGCUGCAACGAGCGGUUAACUUCAUACUCUUGCUCAAUCAGCACCCACUCGUGGCGUGGCGACUUGCAGCGGAGCGCGAGAUUCAGAACAUGAACAAAGACGGCUCUGAUAAAGAGCUCAAUGUAUUGCGCGGUGACGGGACAUCAGCAGCAGUGUCAUCACCACCACCAACGGCAAGAGCAACCGAAUCGCUACUGGUAACCUUUCGUCACGUCCUGGUGGCGCUGGGUUAUAUGCCGCUUCUCUUGGGCCGACAGCAACAAGAAGAAGAAGAAGCACAACAACAACAGCCGCAAGGUAGCAACGGAGCUGAUGGACGCCAGGCCCAUGAUCAGUUGCUAUCGUGUGUCGCACCGUUCCUUCGACUCUGGGGAGGUCGGGAGAAUCAGCAGAAUUUUGACAGGCUGGUGCCCGUGAAUGCCUUGAGCGACACAGAGGACGAGGAUCAUACCGGGACAACCCCACCCGCUAUUCCAACCUAUACAACCUCAUUUGUUUGGCUGGAAAGUGUCUUUGUCGAUCUUCUUGACCAGGUGGACCAGCUUCAUCGGUUGGAGUCGCUUCUUAAGGCAGGUGAUGCUAUGGAGUCGUCAUCAUUUCCCGCGGAUUCUGCUAUGACCUCACGUCCAGAGAGUCUGUUACAUCGCCUUGUUUACCCUUUCAGCACCUUCAUGCUGCGCCAACUCGAUGAGUACUCUGAAAAGGGCCUGGUUGGGGAGUUUGACGAGGAACAGACACGCGUAUCAUUCCAAUUGCCUCCCGUCGUGCCUCCCUCGCGAGGCGGUGGGCCGUCCCAUCAGCAGCAGCAGCAGCAACAACAACAACAAGAAGGACAAUCGGUUGAGCAGCAGCAGCAUCAGCCGUAUUCUGGAGGUGCCGUCACCGACCGGCGGAGACCUGGCUUGGGUGUACUGCGGUAUAUUAUUCCCGCUCUUUCGGGUUUCAGGGGCCGUGAUCGCGCAUCUGCUGACGAAAGUGACAACAACGUCGACGCCACUCUCCCUGGGAUGCAUCACUCUCAGCAUCAGCACCAACGGCGGAAGCAGAACCGGGGGCAACAAACACUCAUGCUAGAACUUCCCCACGCUAGUACCGUUCUCUCACGCUUGGACGAACUGCAUCGCCACGCCACCCCGUCCUUUCUAUACCCACAGGAACGCUUCAACCGCUACGCGGCCCACCCUGCUCUGGUGGAUGGCUCGUUGCUCAGUUGGAAGCCAUUGUUCCAAUGGACAAUGUGCUAUUGCCCAGUGACGCGCCGGCGUUGUGUGGAUACAUUCGUCUGCGGUGUUAAUCCGGAAGGGAAUCGGGUUUCAUCGUCGGCGUUUAGAAACACUCCUGGCUUUAAUCCGGCGCAGCUACUGAAGUGUGGACAUGUCAUCUCCAACGUGGCGCUGACGGAGUUGGUAGAUCGUCUGCAGCGGAACUCGCGGGGCUCAGCGUCGUAUGUGCAAUGCCCGUACUGCUGUAAGGAGGUGGCGCUGAAUGAGAUUGUGAUGCUUCGCUGUAUCUACUGA